GAGGCGCUGCAGGGGACGCGGGGGAAGUGGCGGUGCCGGCAUCGCACAGCUGGGACUGCGCCCAGGGCCGGAGCCCGCGCCCUUGGAGGUUGAUUGACUUAUGUGCCAUUUGGGACCCUGGAGCCGUCCCUCCCUCUGCAGGCUGCAGCGGAGCCUCCUCUGGUGCUGCAAGGAGGAGGCUGAAUGAGGCAGAGAAGCUGAGCUCUGUUCCGGAGGCCCAGUCUGAGCGGCUCAAGGCGGCGAGACCCGGCAGGCCGGGGAGCAGGGAGCGGGGCCGGGCGCUGAGGAUGGCCAGGCAGCAGCCGCCGCCCUGGGUGCACGCAGCCUUCCUCCUCUGCCUCCUCAGUCUUGGCGGGGCCAUCGAGAUUCCUAUGGACCCAAGCAUUCAGAAUGAGCUGACCCAGCCCCCGACCAUCACCAAGCAGUCCGUGAAGGACCACAUCGUGGAUCCCCGCGACAACAUCCUGAUUGAGUGUGAAGCUAAGGGGAACCCCGCGCCCAGCUUCCACUGGACUCGCAACAGCAGGUUCUUCAACAUCGCCAAGGACCCCCGGGUGUCCAUGAGGAGGAGGUCUGGGACCCUGGUGAUUGACUUCCGCAGCGGCGGACGGCCAGAGGAGUACGAGGGGGAGUACCAGUGUUUCGCGCGCAACAAGUUCGGCACGGCCCUGUCCAACAGGAUCCGCCUACAGGUGUCCAAAUCUCCCCUAUGGCCCAAGGAAAACCUAGACCCUGUUGUGGUUCAAGAAGGUGCCCCAUUGACGCUCCAGUGCAACCCCCCACCAGGACUUCCGUCCCCAGUCAUCUUCUGGAUGAGCAGCUCCAUGGAGCCUAUCACCCAGGACAAGCGAGUCUCCCAGGGCCACAACGGAGACCUGUACUUCUCCAACGUGAUGCUGCAGGACAUGCAGACUGACUACAGCUGCAACGCCCGCUUCCACUUCACCCACACCAUCCAGCAGAAGAACCCCUUCACCCUCAAGGUCCUCACCAACCACCCCUAUAAUGACUCGUCCUUAAGAAACCACCCUGACAUGUACAGUGCCAGGGGCGUUGCGGAGAGAACACCCAGCUUCAUGUACCCCCAAGGUACGGCAAGCAGUCAGAUGGUGCUGCGAGGCAUGGACCUGCUGCUGGAGUGCAUCGCCUCGGGGGUCCCGACCCCAGACAUUGCCUGGUACAAGAAAGGCGGGGACCUCCCAUCAGACAAGGCCAAGUUUGAGAACUUCAACAAGGCUCUGCGCAUCACCAACGUCUCCGAGGAAGACUCCGGAGAGUAUUUCUGCCUGGCCUCCAACAAGAUGGGCAGCACCCGGCACACGAUCUCGGUGAGAGUAAAGGCUGCUCCCUACUGGUUGGAUGAGCCCAAGAACCUUAUCCUGGCUCCCGGUGAGGAUGGCAGGCUGGUGUGUCGAGCCAAUGGGAACCCUAAACCCACCGUCCAGUGGAUGGUGAAUGGGGAGCCUCUGCAGUCCGCACCACCCAACCCGAACCGCGAGGUGGCCGGCGACACCAUCAUCUUCCGGGACACCCAGAUCAGCAGCAGGGCCGUGUACCAGUGCAACACCUCCAACGAGCACGGCUACCUGCUGGCCAACGCCUUCGUCAGCGUGCUGGAUGUGCCACCUCGGAUGCUGUCCCCCCGGAACCAGCUUAUUAGGGUGAUCCUGUACAACCGAACACGACUGGACUGCCCAUUCUUUGGAUCUCCCAUCCCCACCCUCCGAUGGUUUAAGAAUGGGCAAGGGAGCAACCUGGAUGGUGGCAACUACCACGUCUACGAGAACGGCAGUCUGGAAAUAAAGAUGAUCCGCAAGGAAGACCAGGGCAUCUAUACCUGCGUCGCCACCAACAUCCUGGGCAAAGCCGAAAACCAAGUGCGCCUGGAGGUCAAAGACCCCACCAGGAUCUACCGCAUGCCCGAAGACCAGGUGGCCAAAAGGGGCACUACGGUGCAGCUGGAAUGUCGCGUGAAGCACGACCCCUCCCUGAAACUCAGCAUCUCCUGGCUGAAGGACGACGGGCCUCUCUACAUUAGCAACAGGAUGAAGAAGGAAGAGGACUCCCUGACCAUCUUCGGAGUGGCUGAGCGGGACCAGGGCAGUUACACGUGCGUCGCCAGCACCGAGCUGGACCAAGACCUGGCCAAGGCCUACCUGACCGUGCUAGCUGAUCAGGCCACUCCAACUAACCGUUUGGCAGCCCUGCCCAAAGGACGGCCAGACAGACCCCGGGACCUGGAGCUCACCGACCUGGCUGAGAGGAGCGUGAGGCUGACCUGGAUCCCGGGGGACGAUAACAACAGCCCCAUCACAGACUACGUCGUCCAGUUUGAAGAGGACCAGUUCCAACCAGGGGUCUGGCAUGACCAUUCCAAGUUCCCGGGCAGUGUCAACUCAGCCAUCCUCCAGCUGUCCCCAUAUGUCAACUACCAGUUCCGCGUUAUUGCUGUCAACGAGGUCGGGAGCAGCCAUCCCAGCCUCCCAUCUGAGCGCUACCGAACCAGUGGAGCUCCCCCUGAGUCCAAUCCCAGUGACGUGAAAGGAGAAGGAACCAGGAAGAACAACAUGGAGAUCACGUGGACGCCCAUGAAUGCCACCUCUGCCUUUGGCCCCAACCUGCGAUACAUUGUCAAGUGGAGGCGGAGGGAGACACGCGACACCUGGAACAAUGCCACCGUGUGGGGCUCUCGCUACGUUGUGGGGCAGACCCCUGUCUAUGUGCCCUAUGAGAUCCGAGUCCAAGCUGAAAAUGACUUCGGGAAGGGUCCUGAGCCAGAAACUGUCAUCGGUUACUCCGGAGAAGAUUAUCCCAGGGCCGCACCCACUGAAGUUAAAGUCCGAGUCCUGAACAGCACAGCCAUCAGCCUUCAGUGGAACCGCGUCUACUCCGACACGGUCCAGGGCCAGCUCAGGGAGUACCGCGCCUACUACUGGAGGGAGAGCAGUUUACUGAAGAACCUGUGGGUGUCUCAGAAGAGACAGCAAGCCAGCUUCCCCGGUGACCGCCCCCGGGGCGUGGUGUCCCGCCUCUUCCCCUACAGUAACUACAAGCUGGAGAUGGUUGUGGUCAAUGGGAGAGGUGAUGGGCCUCGCAGUGAGACCAAGGAGUUCACCACCCCAGAAGGAGUACCCAGUGCCCCCAGGCGUUUCCGAGUCCGGCAGCCCAACCUGCAGACAAUCAACCUGGAAUGGGAUCACCCAGAACACCCCAAUGGGAUCCUGAUUGGAUACACCCUCAAAUACGUGGCCUUUAAUGGAACCAAAGUAGGAAAGCAGAUGGCGGAAACUUUCUCUCCCAAUCAGACCAAGUUCACGGUGCAGAGGGCAGACCCGGUGUCCCGCUACCGCUUUACGCUCAGCGCCAGGACGCAGGUGGGCUCUGGGGAGGCAGUCACGGAGGAGUCGCCAGCACCUCCAAAUGAAGCUACUCCAACUGCAGCUCCUCCCACACUGCCCCCGACGCCUGUGGGCGCGACGGGCGCUGUGAGCAGUACUGAUGCUACUGCCAUUGCUGCCACCAAGGAAGCCACAACCGUUCCCAUCAUCCCAACUGUCGCACCUACCACCAUGGCCACCACCACCGUCGCCACAACUACAACCACUGCCGCCACCACCACCACGGAGAGUCCUCCCACCACCACCACUGGGACUAAGAUACACGAAGCCGCCCCCGACGAGCAGUCCAUAUGGAACGUCACGGCAAGCCCCAACAGUAAAUCAGCCAACAUCACCUGGAAGCACAAUUUCGGGCCGGGAACUGACUUUGUGGUUGAGUACAUCGACAGCAACCAUACGAAAAAAACUAUCCCUGUUAAGGCCCAGGCCCAGCCCAUACAGCUGACAGACCUCUAUCCCGGGAUGACAUACACGUUGCGGGUUUAUUCCCGGGACAACGAGGGCAUCAGCAGUACCGUCAUCACCUUUAUGACCAGUACAGCUUACACCAACAACCAAGCAGACAUCGCCACCCAGGGCUGGUUCAUCGGGCUGAUGUGCGCCAUCGCCCUGCUGGUGCUGAUCCUGCUCAUCGUCUGUUUCAUCAAGAGGAGUCGCGGCGGCAAGUACCCAGUACGAGAAAAGAAGGAUGUUCCCCUUGGUCCAGAAGACCCCAAAGAAGAAGAUGGCUCAUUUGACUACAGCGAUGAAGACAACAAGCCACUGCAGGGCAGCCAGACGUCCCUGGAUGGCACCAUCAAGCAGCAGGAGAGCGACGACAGCUUGGUGGACUACGGCGAGGGCGGCGAGGGCCAGUUCAACGAAGACGGCUCCUUCAUCGGCCAGUACACAGUCAAAAAGGACAAGGAGGAAACCGAGGGCAACGAGAGCUCAGAGGCCACGUCACCCGUCAACGCCAUCUAUUCUCUGGCCUAACGGAGCCCACUGGGCACAGCCGCUACUUUGCAAGUGGGAGGAGGGGAGAGGGGGAGAGAACCGCUGCAGACCUACGAAGCCGCCACCACCUUCAGGGACAAGGGCACAGCAUGGGCGUCUGCCAGGCUGUGAGGACCAGCGACUACCCAGCCACCCACAAGCCCCCUCCCGAUGACCCCCUGCACCUCCAGGUGCCACCAGUGUGGGAGAGCUUAGAGCCAUGGCCAGGCCCAGCUGGAGGGAUCAGUGCCCGCCCAGUCUCACGGCCACAUGGGCUCGCCACCACACUGCCUGCCUUGGCCAAGGCACACACACGCCCAUCUCUGCUGGUUACGGCACUUUUCGUUGUUUUUGUUCUCGCUCUGUGCACUUCCCCUCCAGACCCUAUGUCUCCAUUGUCUUCUUUUGAAGAAGGAAAAGCAAGCAUAGGUGGAUUCCCCCAGGGAACCACAAAGCUAGGCAAAAGGGACCAUGAGAGACCACGUAGAAGAGCUGUGUUCACGCCGCCGCUGGCCUGUUUCUGAAGGAUGCCGAUCUCGCCAUAUGCCUCCCCUCACUCCCAGCCCGUCGCCUUGGCCUGGCAGUUGCUGAGCUGGGCUUGGCUCCUUCCUGAGAAGUGACAGUAUUCAGGGCAGGGAGAGGGUGGGCAGGCCUCCUCGCCUCUCUGGUCCGGUUGGGAGGUGAGUUCCCUCUCGCUCCUCGCUCCAGCCCUGUCCCUUCCUCCGGGUUAUCCGAGAUGAGCUGCACCAGCUCUGAAGAAGUUCGUGAAGUGAGAGUGGGCGCCCGUGGCAAGGACUCCACUCCAGUGAUGGUGCCGCAAGCAGAAAGGCAGGUGCCAGGUCCCUGGACCAAGCUCACCUCUAGGGAAGAGAAAGGCUGGCCUGGGCUUCCCUCCUCCCCAUCAGUGAAGCUCCAGCUGGAGGGGGCUGUCCAGAGUAGAGGGUACCUGCCCACCUGGUCAGGAUCUACGCUGCCACCCUCUAAGAGAUGGGACCCCAUGAUGCAAAAGCCUGGCUGGUGUUUAGGGGUGCAGAGCACUCACCCCUCCCAUCUCUAGCAGAUUAUGCCUCCUUUGUAUGGCGCUGAGACUCGUGUUCGACCUGGUGUGCAGACGAGGACCUGCUGCCCUGAGACUGAGCCAGUCUGUCCUUUCAUUCGGGUAUAUACAUAUCAGGGGACCCUGAGGUGGCACCGUGCUGGCAGGGCUGUGAUGCUCCUGCCUGGGGAGGACACAGUGCUCUUCGUAUGCCUUACGCAGCUCUGAUCUGUCCCUGGAGUUCCCACGUUGCCAGCCCCUCCCUGCAAGCCUUGAAGCCUCCAUGUCGUCUGUCUCCAGGAGAACGGGGCGGCCUAUGCAAGUGUCCCGGCAGGACCAGAAGCAGCCACUCAACACAUGCCCUAACCCCACUACCCAGAGGGAGGCGCUCGCAGCCGUCCUCAGACCGGAGGUGCUGCCUUCAUCCUCCCCACCUAAUCCAUUUUGAAACCAAAGGUACAUAGCCUCCGAGGCAGAGAGAGGGAGAGUUCUUGAGCCUAAGGGCAACCCUUCCACUGACUCUGCAGUGUGUGUCGGUUUUAAGAGGGUGAAGCUGACCCCCUGCAAACGGGUCACCUGCCACAGGCACGGCCUCCAAUUUGGCCUCCAGCUCUGGCUGGGAGGCCUGAGCAGGACCAAGACUGUGUCUUUAGAGACUUCAUCAAAGCAUCAUUUGCCACAUGUUUAAGCCGCAAAGGUAUUAGCAACGCUUGCAUCACGGAGUGGUGAUUCGGUGAAGGUCAGAGCCCCCAGACACACACUGUGUCUGCAGGUCAGAAACCACAGCCCAGAGCUGACCCAAUAACGUUGGAAUCUGAGAGUGAAAGGUCCUAAGGCCCAGGCUGCAGCUGGGUGUGCUGUGUGGAAGCCAAGGGGCGGCUCUCAUAGUGAAAGGGCACAGGGUAUACAUCAGGGGGAUGGGGAGAAGCCCAGGGGUAACAACCCACCCACCCCCCCAGCUUCCCUCUGACACCUGCUUGAUGCAGCCCAGGCCCUAAGGGGAUGUCAGGAAAUUAUGCCUGUGAGCCGAAUUAAAGGGCCAGCCUUCCCAGAAAACACUUGGGAUCUGAGCAGAGCAGUCAGUUUCUCAGGCACUCAUUCCUACCGCACCGAACAUGCUGGUGAGCUUAUUGCACCGAAAAGAUGCAGGAAGGGACAGUUUGGGGUCAUUGCAGCCAUCUCCCUGCCCCUGGAGCUGAUGAUUGGGACGAACUUGCUCUUUCUUAAGAGUCUUGGGGAGAGUGAGUCAGCAGACUGUCUUUGGGCCUCCUGCCAGUGUCCCACCAGGCCCCGUACCAUCCUUCAUGUAUGAAGAGAACCCUCUUCCAGGCUGUUGCUCUGUGGGUGCUGAGAGCUGCCCCCUGCCACCAUUUAAUCACAGCCUUCUCGACCAGAGCAAAUCUGGGGCUGAAGAGCCACGUUUUCCCCAAGCAGAGGUGCCAGGUGCUCAGAGAUGAAACUUGGGGACCACAGGGUGAAGAGAGCAGUCCCUUCCAGGAGAGAGUUCAUUCUCCACAGAGACAGGCCAGAGCCCACCCGUGCCCAGCAGGCGAGCAGUAUUGGCCAGGACUCCCUGCCAGCUGGGCCUCUCAAGCUACCACCCAGAACAUACCACUACUGAUGCUAGGAGAGUGCAGUACCACUCGUGCUUCAGCCUGUCCGCUGGGAGGGAAGAGGUGUGUGUCAUCUUGCAGUGAGCCCAGGCGUCCCACUGAUAGCUGCAAUCCCGGGAGCCUGUGUACUCCGCGUCUGAGCCAUGGCUUCCUGCGCUCUCACAUGUCCACUCACUUAUUCAGCAAAUAAUCUUUGAACGUAUGUCUGGAGCCCUGGAUACCAGGACGAGGGAGUCAGAUGUGUGUGGUUUCUGACUUUACCGGGUUGACAGUUUCUGGGACAAGUCUUGGGACACAGCAGCCAUUGGUUUAGGAGUGUUUUGCUUUCCACUGCUUAAGCUGCUGAUGGCUCCAUGCUUGGAGGGAAAGGAUUCUGAGGGAAAAUUUGGUCUACCUGGGCAGAAAGGCUGGCCAGCAAGCCUGCAGGGUAGGGUCGAGUAGUGAUCCUGUUCCCUGAGCCUUUUUUCUCUGCCCUCUGGGGCAUGCUGCUUAACCUGUCUGCAUUUUGGUGUCUCUGCCCCUCUUGUUUAAAACAGUCACAGGCCCAUCUGAAAGGAGAUCAGGGUUUUGGAAGUAACCAGUGCAGGACCAAGGGACAGCUAUCUCCCACUCUGGCUUGAUUAUGGUGAAUGGGACCCAUCUUUCCUUCUCUUGCUUUUGAGAAGACCAUUGAGUUUGAGCUAAAGGAAAAGCCAGACUAGCUCCCUCCCUGGCCCAUCUUCUUCCUUUGCCCUGAGAGGUUGGAAACAUCUGGUCUACCCCCUUCUGCCAAAUCCUGGGGUGUGGAGAAGUGACCACAUGUCCAAGCAUCAGCCAGUGCUGACAUGGCUUCCCCUGCAAGAAGUAGCUGCAACCUGGGCCCAGAUCCUGUGUCCUGGUUCUCCUGACUGCAAUCAGCCUUGGGAAGGGGGUAGAAACAGAUUUGAGGAUACUGGUAGAUUUUCUCUAAGGGGACGCUUGCCUGCACACACAGACCACAGAGCAGUAGGCCAGCAAGAACACUGCCCCUGCUCACACCUUGGUACAGAGUGGCCCUGCCACCAAUCACCACCCUGCUCACCCCUGCCAGGGCAAGCUCGUGGUGUAGUUGGUUGCACCCAGUUAGGUCCUCUAGAAAGAACUCACUUCAUGAUUCAGGCUCAGGAGUCCUUGACUUUUAAAGGAGAAUGGAGAGGACUCAAACCAAUAAAGUAAAGAGCUUGAAGUGCCAGGAGACCCAGUGCCCUGGGAGACAUAGGCAAGUUGAGCAGAGGCCAACCCUCAGGGGGCCACCGUGUGAGUUCCAAGCAGACCUGUGGCUGUCCCUAUCCUGUACAGCCCCAGCCAGGGCCGUGCCCUUUCUUUUCUUCCUCUGGUAAGAACAGAUCUUCCCAGACACACUCAGAAGGAUCAGAGAGAAACGAGAAUAGCCAUCCAGGAAACCAUGAGACCCCACUCAGGCCACCCCCAAACAGUGCUCCUCUUAUCGGCAUGUUAGUAUUACGUGGGUGUUUCAGAAUGGUAAGGGUGGGAAUGAAAAGGUACAAGGGCCUCUGUGUUAGGACAGGCUCAGCUUUCCGCUCUGAAGGAAUCAUAGCACUAGUUAGACAAGGAAAUGGAAAUCCGGGAAGCGGAGGGGAAGGGCCUUGCUCGAGACCACACAGCUGGUAAGUGAGGUAGGGUUGGGGCUUGAACUUCAGCCUUCUGACUCCUCGUCCAGUGUUUUCAUCUCACCGCAGCUGCCUCCUUGGAAACAGAGGUAUUACUUCCGAUCUGUCCUGCUGGUUCCUCUCUCGUACCUCUAUCACUUCUCCCACAUCCCCUGUAGACCUUCCGACAAGAAGGACAAGAGGAUCUUUCUGAGUCCGAGGUCAGUCCGUGACAGCCUGUGGUUAACCCAGCCUUGCAGUGAAAGGCAGACCCUGGCCGGUAGAAUAGGAUGACGAGCGGGUGUUUGUUACUGUGAAACCUAGACUGUACUCUUAGUGUGUCUUUUGCUUUGUAACACAGCGGGCCCUCCAAUGCUGUCCUCCUCCACAGGGAGGGCGUAGAGGGGGUCCCUGUCCAUUCUGCCCUUGGCCUUAGGGUGCUGAGGGGCAGCAGGGCCCACGCAAGCCUCC